UACAUCAUCAUCCACUUGUAUCCCACUGGCCUUUGUGCCUUUGGUGACUGUUCCAAAACCCUCGUUCAGCGGGCAAUGCUGGCUACACGCAGUGUUGGCGGCAGCACUACAAGCUCUUUUCAUCAUCUAAUACCUGCGCAGUCCUACGGACUGCAACGUCCCCGCGCGCCAGCCCGGCUUACAGCCGACUGGCCUGGAGUUGCCCCCCGGCAGGCCCGCCCCGCCGGGAACGGCGCCGGCAACGACCGCCACGCCCUGACCACCUGCUUCGCGCAAGGGCCAGGGGGGCCGCGUGACGAUGAUCAAAAGCUGAUGCGGAUUGAGAACCGAGAGCUGCUGGUUGGAGACGUAGUGGCCAUCAUCAACUUCUGCCUGUACAAGCAGAUUGCCGCCAUCAUCACCAGCCCAGACUUUCCCGGCUGGCUGGCGCCGCUCGACUUCUCGCCAACGCGGUUCAGCGAGUUCGUGGCGCUCACCGUGACGCUGGUCGGCACCUGGGUGGCGGCGGGCCUCAUGGUGGGCGCAUACCGCACCGCCGCCACCUCUGACCUUCCGGCGGCGCUGCGUGUGGCCUCUUUGACAUGGCUAAGCGCCAUGCCGGUGGCGGCGGCGCAGCUGGUGAUUGUCACGGCGGUGGAGAGCCGGUCGCUGGUGGGUGACACGGACUGGGGCACUGCCCUGCCGCUGGCAGCCCGCGGCGUUGGAGAGCCAUUUGUGACCGCCACUGGUAUGCUUGCGCUGAUGAUUUUGUGGCGCUGCGUGUAUUCGCUAUAUCUAGACCCUUUCGGCCUGAAAGGCUUGGGUUUCCGGCGGCAGCAGUUCCUGCGAGACCUGUACAGCUUCCGGGAGGCACUCCUAAUGGCGACUCUCAUGUGCGCGGUGGGCUCCAUCUCGCUUCAGGUGGUCCACGCUUUGGACACCGUGCUCUCAAGCGGGAUGUAGAUUAGGACAGACAGUCACUUUGCUGAAGACACAUGGAGGUAGGGGUGGUGCGCUGAGCCGCUGAGCAUGCGUGCAUCUGCCACCGAUUGAACGCGCCUGGGGCAAGGCCAGGGGCUACACCUGCCGUGCGGAAGCAGGCCAAGCCCUUGCCCUUUGCAAGUGAUAAACUGGCAUCAUGAUGCCUUGUACUCGUAUGCAAAUGAUCGUGGCAUGUGGCUACGUGCGGUGACAUGUUUACGGGCUUUACCAUGGGGUUAUCGAAGAUGCUUUGAAUGAAACAAAAUGCGCACGAUGCCCAAGGAGGUUGUCGGAGCUGCCGGGCAGCACGGGAGUGAGGUUAGUGCAAGUGCUAGUCAGCCCACGGGGUCGGCCCGGUACAUGUGAUGGGCAGCAUGUGACCUCCUGAACUGAACGCAGUUCUGCGGCAGAGAUACAUCAGACACGCGAGGAGUGGUUGGGGCUGUGAAGUCCUUUAGUUCUCUUGGUGUUGUAAGCCUGGAAGUAGUAGGCGGACGAAUACAUAGCACAGCGCCUGAGCGUGUAAGUGGUUUGCCAC